AUGUCUUGGCAAACCUACGUGGAUGACCACCUCAUGUGCAGUUUCGACGACCAUACCCUGGCGGCCGCCGCCAUCAUCGGCCACGAUGGCACUGUGUGGGCGCAGAGCUCCAAAUUUCCUGAGUUUAAAGGUGAAGAAAUUGAAGCCAUUAUGAAAGAUUUUGAUGAACCUGGAAGCCUUGCCCCAACGGGCCUGCUCCUGGGUGAUACCAAGUACAUGGUCAUCCAAGGUGAACCUGGAGCUGUUAUUCGCGGCAAAAAGGGUGGUGGUGGGAUCACUGUUAAGAAAAGUAAUCAAGCUUUGGUGAUUGGCAUCUACAAGGAACCUCUGGCUCCAGGACAGUGUAACAUGAUUGUUGAGAGGUUGGGAGAUUAUUUGAUUGAGCAAGGCCUCUAG